ACCGCCUACCUGGCCGGAGAGAGCCGCCGGGCACGCUUCCGGGUGUCACCUGUAGAGGGCGGAGGCCGCGGGCCCGCUCGCGGAGUCGCGAGGCCGGAAGGAUCGCGCUGCGGCGCCACUCGCCCAGCAGCCGCCAUGAGAGCCCUGGUGCAGCGCGUUACCCGGGCCAGCGUCACAGUUGGAGGAGAGCAGAUAAGUGCCAUUGGACAGGGCAUCUGUGUGUUGCUGGGUAUUUCUCUGGAAGAUACACAGAAGGAACUGGAGCACAUGGUCCGAAAGAUUUUAAACUUACGUGUGUUUGAUGAUGAGAGUGGCAAGCACUGGUCGAAGAGUGUUAUGGACAAACAGUACGAGGUGCUGUGCGUCAGCCAGUUCACCCUGCAGUGUGUCCUCAAGGGCAACAAGCCCGACUUCCACCUGGCGAUGCCCACGGAGCAGGCCGAGAGCUUCUAUAACAGCUUCCUGGAGCAGCUGCGCAAGAUGUACAGGCCCGAGCUCAUCAAAGACGGCAAGUUUGGUGCCUACAUGCAAGUCCACAUCCAGAACGAUGGGCCUAUGACCAUAGUACUGGAAUCUCCAGCUCCUGGCCCUGCUACCUCUGACCCAAAGCAGCUGGCAAAGCUUGAAAAACAACAGCAGAGGAAAGAAAAAACCAGAGCCAAAGGGCCUUCUGAAUCAAGCAAAGAAAGGACCGCGCCUCGCAAAGAAGACCGCAGCGCCAGCAGCGGGGCCGAGGGGGACGUGUCUUCUGAGCGGGAGCCGUAGACCUCGGGACGGAGCUCAGUACAUUAUCAUUGGGCAGAAGUGGAUCCUGAAAGUUGCUAAGCACCUACCCUGUUUAAGAAUUUGGAACUGAAUCGUGAAAAGGAAGCCAGAAAUAAGAAAUCGGGAGCCUGAAGAGCCCCACAAGGAAACACGGAAGGAAUGUGGCCGCUUUCUUUUGUUGCUGUGGCCUAAUGGAGGAAGUGAGUGCUGCCAGGGCAGGGGGGGUGCCCUGUGCUCCUGGCAGCAGGGCAUACACCUGGGCCUCCCCGACAAGAAGGCUUUGUUGGUUCCUAUGACGUCUUGGCUUACUUUUGGAACAGGUUGAGCCAACAUCAUUUCUCACUGAAUUCUCCUUUAACGCUGUGGUUCAUUUCCAUGUGUCCACGAUGGGCCUCAAAUGCAUUCACGCCAUCCAUGCUCUUUCCAACACUGGCCAAGCCAGGGCUGUGGUAAGGUGUAAAGAGAACAGUCCUCAACGAUAAUGUAUUGCGUGAGACCUUUGCAUCUUGUAAAUUUUCUCUUUUUUCUAAAAAGAAAUAAUAAAACUAAACUUCAACAGA